UAUUUCAAACCCCCCACCUUCUUUCUUUUAGAAACUCAAAAAAAGUUGAAAACCCCCACCCCCUUUUCUUUCAUGAAACUCAAAUUAUGUUCAGUUGAAAACCUUGAAACCCCCCAUCCUCUAUCAUUAUAAAACUCCAAAAAGUUGAAGAAAACCCUGAAAACCCCACACUCACUUUCUUCUUCUUCUUCUCUUCUUCUUCUUCUCCUCCUAUCAUGGAUGCCGAUGAUAACGAUUCAGGCGCUUCUAAUGAUUCCACUAUAUCCCAACAAUCCAUUAACGAUUUAGCACCACCCAACAGCCCCGCGAAUCAGGAUGUGAUUCUGCUCACUGACAUUGAGGAUUUCAUGGAUGACUAUGGGGUGAACCCUAUGUAUAAUGGCGACCAUUUGGAGGCAUUCUUUAAUGGCUGGAGUGAGAGGGGGGUGCGGUUCAAGGACUCCAUGGAGGUUCUUGAGAGGUUGGAAGACUUGAGGGACACUUUUUUGAUGAAUUUCAAGAGGGAAAAUCAGGGUGAAAACGUGGAAGAUGAGAUGGAUGUACACCAACGGGAGUUAUAUCGAUUGUCCAAGGGUAUUUGGGGAGGAAACGACGAUCAAGGAGUUGAUAUGGAGGAAGACGAAGGAGUUGAUAUGGAGGAAGACGAAGGAGUUGAUAUGGAGGUUCCCCAUCCUCUAAAUCCUCACGCGCCACCGUUUUACCCAUCCAGAUUCCACCACGUUAAUCAACGACCACCACCGGUAACCAAUACCGGUAACCAAAAAGUUGUUCGUUAUUAUUCACUUACACCGGUACCUACGGGUCCGAGGAACAGGUUAUGCGGGUUCACUCGUCGGAGAGGAAUACAGCCGGUGGGUAGAAAGGUUCGAGAAGUCAUUCCGCUUAAUCCGGAUGAACAUUCAACUUCUGUAAUGAUUCGAAAUAUUCCGAAUAACUACACUAGGUCAUUAUUGGUGGAGUUCUUGGAGAAUCAUUGCAAACAUGAGAAUGAAAAGGCGGGAAACACUAUUCGUUCGGCUUUUGAUUUUGUGUAUCUUCCGGUUGAUUUCAAGCAUCGUUUGAAUGCUGGAUAUGCAUUUGUGAACUUUACGACUUCAGAAGCAGCUCGGAGAUUUCAUGUGUCUGUAAAAGGAAAAAAAUGGGAUUUAUUUAGAAGUAAAAAGAUUGCUGAUGUCAGUCGUGCAAGAAUACAGGGGAAGGAUGCGCUGGUGAAGAAUUUUGAAAGAAUGAGGCUUUGUAGCCCAUCAUGGGAGUACUUGCCGGUGUGGUUCGAACCACCGAGAGAUGGGUGCAUGAUGGGUUCGUCGUCCAAGAUGCACACGGUUGGGGAAGUCCAAGUUGGUCGAUAGGUAGGGGUCGGUAGAGUGACCUUAGAGGGCUAGAAGUAGUAGUACGUAGUAGAUGAUGGUUCAGUGGGGAGAGGUAGGGUUCGGGCACUUGGAUCAUUGUGGUUCGGUGGUCUGGUGGUGUGCUCUACCUUUUUCCUGAUGUCAUCAUAUGUUAUUAGGUUUCCAGAGAUUUUGGUUCGUAUAAACUCAUCUUUUUGGAUGGGCUAGCUUGAAGCGUACCUUUAGCAUUAUUUGAUAUCUUCAAACCAUUAAUCAA